AUGGAGAGCCCGAAAUCCAGAAGCGGGGAGGGCGUACCCUGCGAUUUCUGCACUGAUCAGCCGGCGGUUCUCUACUGUAAGGCCGACUCCGCCAAGCUCUGCUUAUUCUGCGACCAGCACGUGCACUCCGCCAACUUGCUCUCCCGGAAGCACGUGCGCUCUCAGAUCUGUGAUAAUUGCGCGUCCGAGCCCGUCUCCGUCCGCUGCUCCACCGACAACCUCGUUCUCUGCCACGAGUGCGAUUGGGACGCCCACGGUAGCUGCUCUGUCUCCGCCGCACACGAUCGCACCCCUCUCGAUGGCUUCUCCGGCUGCCCCUCCGCGCUCCAGCUCGCCUCCCUGCUGGGCCUCGAUCUCCACGACAAGAACCUUCCGGGUCGACCCGACCCGCAGCUCCAGAACUGGGAUAUGGGUAUGCCCUCCCUGGAUUCUUCUUGGAGUGGGAUGGGCCUGCAGGACUUGAUGGUGCCCAACCACAACCAGAACGGCGUCGUUUACCCGAAUGAUGAGCUGAUGGUGAAGAGACAGAGUGGCGGGGGCAUUAGCGGGAAGCAGAAGCAAGGGAUACAGAAGCAGCUGGUGGAGUUGCUUAAGAGAGACUUGGACGGUGGCGGUGGCGGUGGCGGUGGAGGUGGUGGUGGCGGUGGCGGUGGCGAUGGCGGUGGUUGUGGUGAUGGUGGAGAGAAUUUGGUGGUGCCGCGGACGCCGACAAGCAGUGGUUGGCAGGAGGACAAUGGAAAUGGGAACGUGGAAGGUCUUGAACCGCUUGAUCUGGGGAAUAGGAAUGGAGGUGUUGAUGGGGUUGUAGCUUCUGCUGCCAAUUCGCAGCCAUUGUUGCAGCGACAAGCGCCCUUUACGUCUCUGCUUAUGAUGCCUGAAGAGAACCGUGGCAUUGUCGACGGUGACAUGUUGUGGAAUAGCAACCCCCAUGGUCAGAGCAGUCAGAUAUGGGAUUUCCAUUUAGGACGGUCGAGGGAUCAUGAAGAAUCAGGUCCAUUGGAAGUCACAUAUGGUUCAAACGAUUCAGGAUUUAUGAUUAAGAAUUUUGGUGAACUUAUGAAAGAAACAUCUUUGACUGAUACAAAAAUGUUCAGAGAUAUGUACCAGAUGAACUGCCCUGUUGGACAUGAUGAUAUAAAAUUCAAUAACAACUCCAAUAACCCCGCACCCAGUCAGGGGCCAGCAACAUCUGAGAGCAACAACAUCCCUGUUGGGCGGCCGUCAUUGGGGUCAGCUUUUGGUGAAGACAAAGGCUCUGGUGCUUCUACAGAUCUCAAUUUUAUGGAACAAUCUUUUCUGAUGAGAGGUGACAGUCUGAGAACGGUAGGCACAAAGGCUGACAUGGAGCUACUUGCACAAAACAGAGGCAACGCUAUGCUACGUUACAAAGAGAAGAAGAAAACCCGAAGAUAUGAUAAGCACAUAAGAUAUGAGUCAAGGAAAGCAAGAGCUGAUACUAGGAAGCGAGUCAAGGGUCGAUUUGUGAAGGCUACUGAGGGUCCUGAUGGUUAG